CAAGUUUUUUAGUACAUGUUACAAAUUCUAGUCGACCACUCACUCAGUACCUCCAACGCAAAUAAAAGAAAUGUCCCUGGUUGGUCUCAGUUGCACUCCUUCAACGUUCUUAUAUACCUCAAAUUCAUCUCAACCCCUUCCCAAACCAUCCAACAAGAUUUGUUAUCCUUCUUCUACCCUUAAUUUCUCAACUUUUUCUGGCACAAUUUUCAGAUAUGGAAACUGGGUUUCUCCCAGAAACAAAUUUUAUGCAAAAUCUUCUGACUCGGAUGUAGAUAACAGAGAAGUAGACACUCAGUUUUCUCCACAAAAUGCUUCUCUUUCAACUAAUGGUGGCAACCCAUCAACCAGUUUGUUGUCUUUUCUCUGCCCUUUGCUCAAGUUCUUCUCUGGGGGAGAUCCCUCUGGAGAACGCAAUGAUACUUUAGAGGUGUUAACAUCAUCUUUGUCUUCCUUGGCAAGAUUUCCAUGGGGGUCAAAAUCACUGUCAGAUAGUUUGGGUACCACCAACACCAUAGACCCUCCUAUGCGUUUACAGCUUUUUGAAUUUGAGGCAUGCCCAUUUUGCAGGAGGGUUCGAGAGGCGAUAACAGAACUUGAUCUUUCUGUAGAGGUAUAUCCCUGUCCCAAAGGGUCUCUAAGACAUAGAGAAAUGGUUAGAAGAUUUGGUGGCAAAGAGCAGUUUCCAUUUCUCAUUGACCCAAAUACCGAUAUCACAAUGUAUGAAAGUGGUGAUAUUGUUAAGUACCUUUUUGAGCAGUAUGGUCAAGGGAGAAAGCCCUCGGCAGGGCUUUUGGAAAGCACAUUGGUCACAGGAUGGGUGCCAACACUUCUGAGAACAGGGAGAGGAAUGACACUAUGGGAAAAGGCCAGAUUAGAUCCCCCUCCUAAAAUGUUGGAACUUUUCUCAUACGAAAACAAUCAGUAUGCACGAAUUGUGCGUGAGGCACUAUGUGAACUUGAGGUUCCUUACAUCCUUCAAAAUGUUGGAGAAGGAUCAUCCAGGUCUAAGUUUCUCAUUGAUGCAAUUGGAUCAAAAGAGGUGCCUUUCUUGAUCGACCCAAAUACAGGUACUCAAAUUGCUGACUAUAAGAAGAUCCUUCUUUACUUGUUUCAAACAUAUUCAACAGACAGUUCCACUUCCAUGCCUGUUACUUGAAGGUAAUCUUUGACCGAGUGACGGGCUAAGCAAGAUGUCAUGAACUUUGGUAAUAAAAGAUUAGUGUCAGUACUUAUGUCCAUUAACUUGGAGGCAUGCUAUUUUAAGGCAAUUUUGUAUUAUGCAAUUUUGGUUUUGGUUGUGAUCAUAAUAAAACAAUAGUGGAAUUUUAUGAUUUCA